GUACGAAUUCACAUUCCCUCGUAUAUUUUUCCAAGCACCCAACAAUCCUCCUUCACUUGCACCUUCACCGUUCCAUCGAGAUCAACCUAUUUACAGAAUUUCAACCGUGCCCCACAGUUGAAAGAGAAAGAGAGAGAGAGAGAGAGCAAGGCGAAAAACGUUCACCUCGAACGUUCAACCAUCCAUCUCGAUGGGCCAACCAACCGAUCAUUAAACCGCGUCUCCCGAUAAUUAGAAUUUCAUGCCGUUCCAUCGAGCGAUCCCAGAGGCUACGUCUUCAUCAAGAAGCCCGUUUAGCGAAAUCUCACGCGCAAGAAACAACACCGACGACAAGUGGCGCCUCGAGUCGUACAGGACCCUGGAAAACCGUCGUCUUCUUGCGCAACGAGGCACGCCGAUCCGUCUUCUUGGUGACGACGAUCGAUCGGUGCGCUCGUUCAAUUACUUCGGCGUGCAUUCUACGCGAGCGAAGGCAAGGUUCAAGGACGUGACUGAAUGCGUUCCAUGCUUACCGGCGCGCGCUGGUAUCAAGAAGUUCCGGGUGAAAGAAUUUAUUGGAGCAUCUGGAGGCACCUGAAACUCGUUCACCUGCCAGCUGGUCAGGAGGUGAAUUGGAAUUUUGGCUCGAACGAGCCGGUAGUUUCAAGCUGUUCAUAAAGUAUCGGGACGAUAUUUUGUGGCAAAUGGAGUAAAACGUAAUCGUAAUAUAUUUUUCAGUGUAAUUACAUCGAUGGUUCUCCGACCAGUAAUCGUUAUUUAA